GAGGCAACACAAGAGGACGUAUCCUGUUACUCUUCUCUCGCACACUCAGACCUCCGCUAGAAAACACACACAUUAACAUCUAUCCAUUCUGGAGUGUGUGUGUGCGUGUGUGUGUGCGUGUUUGCGUGUGUGUUGUCUUCUUUUUCUUUUAUUUUGAGGAGUUGCGCCCACCCUGUGUUUCGUCUGGAUGUUAUUGGUUGGAUGGUCCGUGCAAAAGUGGAUGUUCAGCUCAUGGCUGCUACGUCGACAAGGAGGAGGAGGAUAACAGGCUGGGCGCUCGGCGGAGGAUGGUGGUGAAGAUGGCGGGGAUGCGCUUAAUGGGGCUGCUGUCGUGGAGCAGGGUCAAAUGGCCUGGGGAAACGGGAAUAGGGGUCCUUUAUCUGCUACUCCUGCUGCUGCUAUCACCUUGCCUGGGCCAAGACACUGACGAAUGCAAACUUUCUCGUUCUGGUCCUCCUGCUACCAUUGUUGCCAUAGAUGAGGAGAGUCCCAAUGGAACCCUGUUGGUGGAGAACAUGCAGAUCAAUGGCGUGGCCGAGGGACCGGGCCGAACCAUCUCUUUGUCUCUGAGGGACAACCAUGACUACUGGGUGAUUCUGGACCCCUCCAAGCAAGCCCUUUACCUGAACAGCACUGGACGGGUUCUCGACAGAGAUCCGCCGUCGUACAUCCAAUCCAUCGUGGUUCAGGUGCAGUGUACCAACGAGCUGGUGGGCACUGUGAUCCUCCACGAGGUCCGCAUCGUGGUGCGGGAUCGCAACGACAACGCGCCACAUUUCCAGCAGCCCAGAUACUACGUGGCAGUAAGCGAGCUAACUCCAGUGGGCACCACCAUCUUUUCGGGCUUCUGGGGCAACAACGGGGCGACCGACAUUGACGAUGGCCCCAAUGGACAGAUAGAAUACACCAUCCAGUACAACCCCAGAGACCCAAUGGCCAACAGAACGUUCGACAUCCCGCUGACGUUGUUUGGCGCUGUGGUGCUAAGGGAGCGGCUCAACUACGAAGAGAUAACGCGCUACCUGGUCAUCAUACAGGCUAACGACCGAGCCCCCUACCCGAGCGAGCGGCGCACCGCCACCACCACGCUGACUGUGGACGUGCUGGACGGCGACGACUUGGGCCCUAUGUUCCUGCCGUGCACGCUCGUGGGGAGCACCCGCGACUGCAGCCCCAUCACGUACAAGUCCAGCGUGCUGGAGCUGACGGAACCAAAUAAGGUGAACCCACUCAAUGUGACCCCGCCCAUACAAGCUCAGGAUCAAGACAGGAACAUCCAGCCUCCGUCAGACAGACCGGGGAUUCUGUACACCAUCCUCAUUGGCAAACCAGAGACCUACGUGGAAUAUUUCAGCUUGAAUCGAAGCACGGCCGAGCUCCUGCUGCUGAAGCCCAUCGACAGGGAACUGUACCGCAGAUUCGAUCUGGUUGUGAAGGCAGAGCAGGACAAUGGACACCCACUGCCGGCUUUCGCCAGCCUCCAAAUUGAAGUGCUGGAUGAGAACAACCAGGCACCGUACUUCCUGGAGAGCAGCUACCACGGCUUUGUUCUGGAGGGUUCGCCGGUGGGAACGACCAUAGCGACCAACACCAGCCUGUCAGAACCUUUGGCCAUCGUGGCCCUGGAUAACGAUGUGGAGGAGACCAAGGAUCCUCAGUUGCAGAUCUCGUUAGACAGCUACUCGGGCGUUUUCGCCGUGUCAGCCAACGGGAUCAGACGAUACCUCACGCUGGUGCAGCCGCUGGAUCGAGAAGCGCAGGACUCCUACACCUUCACGCUGCUAGCAUCCGAUGGCGUUCAGCAGAGCGCUCCAGUCGCCGUGACGAUAACUGUGUUGGACGCGAACGACAACACUCCCACGUUUGCCAAUGUGUCCUACAAUGUCCACCUCUACACGGACAUGAUGCUUGAGGAAACUGUGCUGCAGCUGUCAGCAGUUGAUUCUGAUGAGGGUUCCAACGGCCAGGUCACAUAUCGAAUAUUAGCCGGAGAUCAGGGACAAUUUCUCAUUGGCAACAGCACUGGCAUCAUUACUGUGGCACCAGGGGUGGCGCUCUCUGUGGGGCGGAGCUAUGCUCUAACCGUGGAAGCCAUGGAUAACGGGCCGGAGCUUCAUCGAAGGUCAUCCAUUACGACGGUCUACAUCGAAGUUUUGCCGCCCAACAACCAGAGCCCCCCACGUUUCCCCCGGCAACAGUACAGCUUGGAAAUCAGCGAAGCUAUGAGGACGGGAGCCACGCUGCUUAACCUGCAGGCGGUGGAUCGGGAGAGGGAUCCCGUUAUCUACAGAAUCCACCGCGGGGAUCACCAUGGACAGUUUUUACUGCAGCGCAAUUCUGGGUAUUUGGUUCUGGAUAAACCUCUGGACAGGGAGACUCAGGACUAUUAUACCCUGGUUGUCACAGCCUCAGAUGAGCGGCCAGAUGGGACCUCCACCGCCACCGUGCACAUUGUGGUGACAGAUGUUAACGACAACGACCCGCUGUUCGAUCCCUCACUGCCGGUGAACCUCACUGUCACUGAAGAGCAGGAUCAGGCUUACGUUGGGCACGUCAAGGCCACCGAUCCAGAUCUGGGCGCGAGCGGUCAGGUUCAUUAUCGACUGGUAAACCAUCAGCGCCUUUUCUCCAUCAACGCCACCGGAGACAUCAGAACCACGGUGCCGCUGGACAGAGAGGUGAAGGGUCACUACUUUCUGAUUGUGGAGGCCUGGGACGGUGCCGUGGACCCGCGGCGGUCCAGACUGACUCUGUCAGUGACUAUCCUGGACGUGGACGACAACAGCCCCGUGUUUAGCCAGCAAACGUACAACAUCAACCUAGCAGAGAACAGCCCCAAAGAUAUAGUUAUUCUACAGCUGAAGGCCAUCGAUGCUGAUCUGGACUCAAACCUCACCUACCGCAUUAGAACUGAUGACUCCAGUAAGGAGCUCCUUCGGCUUUUCAGCGUCAACCCAAUCACGGGAGAGUUGUCGGUGAGGAAAGUUCUGGACUUUGAGGCCCUGACUGCCUUGAAUUCCACGUACGUGUUCACUGUGGAGGCCCUGGAUGUUGACGGGAGCAUGCCUCCAGGCCUGGCCUCUGUUACUGUCACCAUCACGGACGUCAAUGACUUUGCUCCAGUCUUCAGCCAACCAGUGUACCGCGGCAUGGUCGCCCCAAACGCCAUAAAGGGGACUGUCGUAACCACGGUGACGGCCAGCGACUCUGACCCAGCAGGAACCCCGGCUGGUCUUGUGCGCUACAAAGUGGACCAGGAGGCCUAUUCGUACUCUGCCAGUAUAUUUGAAGUAGAGGAACUGACGGGAAACGUUGUGACCAGAGUGAAUCUCAACGAGGAGCCCAACCUCAAGUUCAGGCUGGUAGUGGUGGCCUAUGACGACGGCGAGCCUAUGAAGGAGAACACCACGCUGGUGGAGAUCACUGUCCUUCAGCCCUCCGUCAUUCCAGUCUUUACUCAGGAAGAAUACAGGUUUCCGCCCGUGAGCGAAGAGGCUGCAGUCGGAACCCCAGUGGGAGUCAUCCUGGCGGCUGCUGUCAAUCAAACCAUCGUGUAUUCAAUCAUCGAGGGCAACGAGGGAGGCGUGUUUGAAUUAAAUGACACAACGGGGCUGAUUUCCACUGCCAAGACGCUGGACUACGAGACCAACUCCAGCUACGUGCUCAAGGUGGAAGCCGAUUCCAUGAGGGUGGUUUCCUCCAACCUCCGAGCUCCCUCCAAGAGUAACACCGCCAUUGUGGCGAUUGACGUCCAGGAUGAGAAUGACCACUCGCCCGUUUUCACCACACCUCUUUUUAUCGGAGGAGUCGCAGAGGACGCCAAAACCUUCACCUCAGUCUUGCAAGUGCAGGCCCUGGACAGAGACACAGGCAACUACAGCUCCAUGGUGUACCGCCUCAUCAACCCACCUGCGGCCGGGAAAGACACCAAGGAUAGCAAGGACGGCUUCGUCAUCGAGCCUCUCAGUGGAGUGGUCAAAACAGCCAUCAUGUAUCGCAACAUGAGGAGGUCCUACUUCAGGUUUGAGGUGGUCGCCACGGACGACUACGGGCGAGGGCACAGCAGCAAGGCAGAAAUAGUGGUGUCAGUGGUGAACCAGCUGGACAUGCAGGUGGUCGUAUCAAACGUCCCUCCAACAUAUGUGGAGAAAAACAAAGAUAAACUACUCAGUAUUUUAGAGCGCUACGUCCAGGAGCAGAUUCCGGGAGCGAAGGUGUUCAUGGAAACGAUCGGGCCGCAUCGUCAUGGUGAUGGACUGGAACAAGAGGACUACACCAAAUCAGACCUAAUGAUUUAUGCCAUCGACCCUCUUACAAACAGAGCUGUAUCAAGACAGGAGCUCUUCAAGUUUCUUGACGGCAAACUACUGGACAUCAACAAAGAGUUCCAACCCUUCCUCCCCCCCGGCGGGCGCAUCCUGGAGAUCCGGACCCCGGAUGUUGUGACAAGCGUGAAGAAGGCGGUGCAGACUGUCGGCUACACAGAGGGGGCGCUGUUGGCCCUGGCGGUCAUCAUCAUUGUGUGCUGUGUGCCUGCCAUACUCAUCGUAAUCAUCACUUACAGGCAGUAUGUGCCAUUUUUGAAAGUGUUUUGAGAAGCACGGAUGUCCAAACGUUUUCCACCAAGGGCCGCGUACGGACAAAUGAAAGGAUGCACUUUGAUGUUGUUCACAUUUGUUUUUAGAAAACGCACUGAAACCAAUCCCAUGUAGGUCAUGAUACACUAAACAGUUAAAUAUAGUUGACUACAUACAAAAUACAUACCAAUACAUAAAAAGAACAAAUAAUUCCUGGUUAAUGUGAUUUUUUUUAAUAUUCAAUUACAGGCAAUGUAUAAUUGUAGAUGACAUAUUUAAGUUGUUUAAUUUAAAUCUUAUUUAAAUUAUUCUUAAAUAUACUAAUUUAGGCCAAUAAUAGUUUUUUUUUUACAUUUUUACAUAGAAAGCAAUUAUUUCUUAUAACUUCUUAAUUGUUUUCUUUUCAGUGUGGCUGUCAUCAUCCAUGGCAAUGUUCUGAUGCAGGCCGUUUUUUUAUGUUUUUUUUUUUUUUUUUAAUAUGCCACGGUCCAACAAAAAACAAACUGUUCGUCACAAAUGGCCCCUGGGGACUGUGAACACCCUUGCAGUAGAGUAGGGCUGUCCAAACAUUUACUGAAAAUCAAAGGCUGUGGAGGGCCACAUUGAUAUUUUUUGUAUUUCUUAAUUUUGUAAAAUGGUUAAAAAAAACAUUAUAUAUAUUUAAAGACAAAGCUUUGUUUUAUUAUUAGUUAUUAGUAGCAACAUUUCAGCUUCCUCAUUGACAUUUUGCCUUUUUUUUCAAUUUUUCCCAUUGUAUCCCGUUUUUUAGUUUAAUCUUAUUUUUACAAUGUGCUGCCAGCCAAUAAAAAAACAAGCUCCGGGCAGCAAAUGGCCCCCAGCCACACUUUGGACACCCCUGCAGUAGCACCUCCACCUACUGAUCAUAGCCAACCUGAAAGCAUCUGUGUUUUUUUUUUUUCAAUGGUCAUCCUUUUUCAUUCAUGGGCCGCCUGCCCAGAUGAUGCCGAGUGGCGGCUUGUCCCAGUGGGCUUCUUCUAUUAGUGUGUUCGGCUAACUGCUUCAGAAGGCCGUCAGUUUUCAUCUGACUCCCACGCGGGCAUGAAAAGCACACACACACACAUUAUAAGUGGAUGUGUUCUGAUCCAGUUCAGAAGUAGAGAUAAUUAUCUGAGAGCCAGAAAGGAUGUUUGAGUAGCGCUCAUCAAGCGUGUUGAUCACUAGACUUUUAAUUUGGUAAUGACUCCCAAACGAGGAAGGAUCAUUUGUCCAACCUGGCUAACAGGUACUUGUGUGAUUGACUCUUGAAAGAUUCACUUAUCUGUUUUUCUCCCUCUCUCUCUUUCACUGCACCAUUCAUCGCCAGAUUCAAAGAGUGAGUACAGUUUUUAUUUGACCAUGCAAAACACCUUUACAUUGUCAUGUAUGCCCUGUCCAUAUUCAUGUGUUCAAAAAUAAUACUGUGUCCACAUGACACAGCUGUUAAGUGCAUGCCGAAGCAAUAGGUGGCGGUGUAACCUCUAGCCGUACAGGCAUUUCAUCCAAUCACGCAAAAGCAAAAAAUUCCUGAAGAUGUCGUGGGAACAUUUUGUGCCAUUCCAUUUAUUUGUUUUUUUUCCAUUUGUGUUGAAAGAG